AACAGUAGAGUCAAGAACAACUUUCAGGAUGAUUUCUCCUAUUUUCAUUUGCGUUUUAGUCGGCUUAGUAGCUGGAGAAGGUGCCUGGGAUCUCGGCACCGAAUACAAAUAUGAGUUAAACUCACGUACUUUGGCAGCUUUGCCAAAUAUGCAAGAUCAAUGGACCGGAAUUAUUACUCGUGGAUACGUUACAAUUCGCCCCGUGAACAAGAACUAUUUGGUUGGCAAAGUUGUGUCUGCCGAAUAUGCGACGGUUAACGACGUUUUGCCCAAAGGAUCGAAAACUCAAUUCUCGUCGAAAGACUUGAAAUUCCAACCAAUGCCCAUCCAGAACACCAAACCUUUCGAGAUUCACUUGAAAUCUGGCGGUUCUAUCAAGCAUUUGGCUGUCGAUCGCACAACCACGAACGAAGAAGCUAACCAAAUCAAGGCUAUUGCUUCCUUGUUCCAAAUUGACUUGCGCGGAGACAACGAAAUCAAGUGCGACAAAAACGAAUUCCCCGAAAAGGAAGAUAUGACUGGCGUCUUCAAGGUUAUGGAACGCGCUGUUACAGGAGAAUGCGAAACUUUGUAUGAUGUCUCGCCUUUGCCUCGUUACAUGUUGCAAUCUCAUCCUCAUUGGGCCCCAAUGCCUGAAUUGAACAAAGAAAAGGACUUGAUCGAAGUUGGCAAGAGCAUGAACUACAGCAACUGCGAACGUCGCAUGGGAUAUCAUUUCGGUAUCAGCGGAUUGACUGACUCGAAACCAAACACCAACCAAAUGGGUGAUUUCUUCACUAAAUCUACUACAUCUCGCAUGGUUUUGUCCGGAAAUGUCAAAAACUACACAAUCCAAUCUUCCAUCUCCAAAACUCAAGUUACCUUGAGCCCUGAUCUCUACAGCGAAAACAAAGCUGAAGUUGUUUCCAAGAUCAACGUCACUUUGGUUGCUACCAAAUCCAUGGGAAAUGAACUCCCUAAACUUCCAGCAAACCCCGUCAACGUUUCUCUCGUUUACAGUUACAACAUUGCCGACGAUAAACAAAACAAAGUUGUUGAACUUGAUGACUCGUCAAGCUCUUCAAGCUCCUCUUCUUCUUCUUCUUCAAGCUCAAGCUCUUCUGAAUCAAGCGAAUCUGACUCUGAUGAUUCUGAUGACUCUGAUAGCUCAAGCAGCUCAAGCGACUCCAGCGAUUCCAACGAAAGCGACAACCAAAAGGUAUCUCCUAAACAAAACUUGAAGGAACAACGCAAGGGACGUUCUCGUCGUUCUUUGACCUCCAAGGACAAGAAAGAAUUGUACAAAGAACACAACCGUGAUUUGGAUCGUUUGGAAAAACAAAAGACUUCUUCAGAAUCCUCUUCUGAAAGCUCCCAAUCUGACAGCUCUUCUUCCGAUAGCUCUGAUAGCGACGAUGACGAUAGCUCUUCAUCUUCUUCAUCCGACUCUGAUUCUGACAGUUCUUCCGACAGCUCUUCGUCUUCUUCAUCUUCGUCAUCCUCAAGCAGCGAAAGCGAUGAUUGCUCUGACGAAAAUGACGAUAGCGACUUGAGCAGCAUGGAAAGCAGCCAAGAACAUUGGAAUGAAAAACCCCAACCUCAUGAAGCCUCAAACAACCCAUUCUUGCCAUUCUUCACUGGAUACAAGGGAAAGAAUAUUGCCGAAUCUCACGAUGUUGAUCUCGUUCGUGACGUUACCAAAUUGGCUCGCGAAAUCGGAGAAGAUCUUACUGUCCCAAGUCAAAUCCCUGAAGCUCACACUUUGGAAAAAUUCAACAUUAUGUCUCGCCUUAUCCGUGUUAUGGAUGAAGAAGAAAUCAAGCAAACUGAAAAACAAUUGUACACUCAAGUCGGUGAAUUCGGAGAACCCCGUCAACAAGGAAAGAGUCGCGAAGAACAAAUGCGCUUCGAAAAACGUGCCAACGCAUGGAAAUCUUUCCGUGACGCUGUUGUUCAAGCCGGUACAGGCCCCGCUGUUUUGCGCAUCAAAUCUUGGAUCGAAAACAAGAAGGUUACAGGAGAACGUGCUGCUCAAUUGUGCGCUGCUUUGCCUCAAACUCUUCGUGUUCCAACUGAAAAAGUUUUAAAAGAAUUGUUCGAUCUCGCUACAUCCGCAACUGUUAAGACUCAAGAUCACGCUAAUGUUACUUGCUUGUUGGCUGUUACUGAUAUCCUCGGAAAAGCCCAAACCAGCAACGAAUCUGCCUACAACUAUUAUCCCGUUCACGCUUUUGGAUGGUUGUCUGAUCGCGAUAACCAAAUGAUCAUGAAGGAAGUCAUUCCAUAUUUGGCUCACGAAUUGAAGAAGGCUGCUGAUGAAGAUGAUUCUCACAAAUUCCUCGUUACUGUUCAAGCUCUCGGAAAUUUGGGACACAGAGAAACUUUGCCCGUCUUUGAACCUUUCUUGGAACAAAAACACAAAGUCACUGAAUUCCAACGUUUGGCAAUUGUUGCUGCUUUGAGACGCUACACUCGUUAUUACCCAAGCCCUGCUCGCAGAAUCUUGUUCCGCAUCUACCAAAACGUCGGAGAAGCUCAUGAAGUUCGUUGCGCUGCUGUUAUGCUCUUGAUGCGUACAUCUCCUCCUCUUGCCAUGUUACAACGUAUGGCUCAAUUCACUCAUGUUGAUCCAUCAACUCAAGUUCAAGCUUGUGUUAAGACUGCUUUGGAAUCUGCUUCCAAAUUGCAACAUCCUAAAUACCAAAACUUGGCUGAACAAGCUUCCGCUGCCAUCCAAAUGCUUAACCCUAAAACUCUCGGACUUCACUAUUCUGGAUCUAUUCUCCGCGAUUACGCUGUUGAAGAAAUGAACUUGGCUUACCGUACUCAAUUCUCAUGGAUCGGAUCUGAAGAUCACGCUGCUCCUAAAGCUGUUUUCAUGAAUGUUAUCGGAGAUAUGGGAGGUAUCCAAAACGUCAAAUACGUUUUCCACGCUUUGUGCUCAAGCAUCGAUCAACUUUUGGAUGUUCUUGAUGAUCAAAUCGAAACCCGUGAAGAACAAGAAUACAAGAAAUCUCGUCAAAACAAGGCUAACAAGGAAAACCCAUCAAAAUGGUCGAUCAAGAAGAUUGCUGAAUCUCUCGACAUCGAAACUGAUGAAGCUGAAAAAUUGGAAGGUCAAAUCUUGAUGACAAUCUUUGCCACAAAACGCUUUGUUGCCUUCGAAAACUCUACCAUCGAACGCUUGCCUGAAAAAUUGAAGGAAAUCGCUCGUGACUUGAAAACAGGACAAAGCUUCAACUUUACCAAAUUCUACAAUGAACGCAUCAUCUCUUUGGCAUUCCCAUUGAGCACUGGAUUCCCAUUCGUUUACACUUUGAAGAAGCCCAACUUGGUUCAAAUCGGCGGAGAAGCUCAAUUGCGCACUCAACCCGAUUUCACUGAAGUUCAUGAAGAUGUUGUUCGUGUUCCUAAAGCCAUCAACGCAUCUGCUGAUAUCUCUAUCCUUUUCUCCCGCAUGGUUGAUGCUAAAGUUGGAUUCGUCACUCCAUUCAACCACGAAAGAUUCAUUGCUGGUUUCCAAAAGAAAUCUCAAGUCUACGUUCCCGUUGCUGUUGAUGUCGAUAUCGAUACUGUCAACCAAGAUUUAGUCGCUGAAUUCCGCCCUCAAUACACAAAGAAAGACAACAAAGUUGCUCACGUUAGCUGCUGGCCAUACACUGCCCAAAAAGACAUCGUCAACAUUCGCCCAGUUGCUGAAUCAAAGAACGUUAAAUUGGUUCACACACGCCGCACACAAAAGGUUGAUGAAACAUUCGGCGCUGCUCUUACAGGAGUUGGUCUCCGUGUUCAAGGAGAAUACGAUACCAAAUUCAUGGAUUUGGCUGAACUUUACAACCGUUUGCAACGUCAUGAUUUGCUCUCUGCUUUGAUGUACCCAACAUCGACAAAGACUCACGAAUACUUCAACUUCAACUUGAACUACGAUUUGGAUCGUACAUCCGCUAAACUCAUCAAAUUGAGCGUUUCUUACAACGAAACCAACUACGAUGAAGAAUACCAAAAAUCCGACAUCAAACAUCCAAAAGCCCGUCACGGAAACUCUGGCGAAUACAACGAAGAAAACUUGGCUCAAGCUGAUUCAUUGUCUCCAUUGAGCGAACGUCGUCAAAACCGUUUCUUGCAAAACGCUGCCGCAGGUAUCCGCAAUAGCGAUGCUGAAGUUAUGGAUGUCACUUUGCAAUUCUUGGGACAAAAGGAAGCUAAAUUCAUUGCUACAAUUGCUCACGCCUCAAGCCCUGUUGAUGAAAAGGAACGUUUCCUCGCCUUCUUCUCUGCUAACCCCGCAAAGGAAGCUCAACGUCAAUUGUGUUUGACUGUUUCAUCUCGUUUCCCCAACGUACCUGUCUUGAACUACAACAACGCCAUGAAAUUCGACGCUACUUCUCGUGUUGAAAUGCACUUGAACUUCGGAGAAAAAUGCCAAGGAGGUCAACGUAUCUCUGCUUCUGCUAAAUUGGAACAAACUGAAGAACGCAAAGAAUGGCUUCGUCGUCAUCCUCUUGCUCAAUUGUGCAACCGUCAAAUGGCUCAAGGAGAUUUCGCUUUGCCCGCUUGCCAAAACGUUACUCGUCGUGCCAACAUCUUGAACAAAUAUACCGCUGAUGUCUCAUUCGAUGUUAGCAGCAAAACCAAGAACGCUACAAUGUACAUGUUCAACGCUUUGCGCGUCGCUGGAUUCAAAUAUUUGGAAGAAAACGCCAUCAAGGUUAACAACAAAGCCGGAAAAAUGCACUUGGAAAUGGAAUUGGCUCCUGAUAUGGAAUCUUUCAACGUUACCAUUCAAGCCCCUGAUGUCGAAGCUGAAUUCCAAAACGUUCGUUUGGAAAACCGUUUCGCUCGCGCCGCUUUGGCAAUUCAUCCAACAAUCUCAAUUGCUGAUCAUGUUGCUCUCGUUGCUACACGCGAUCAAUUGGAAGCCUCAUGUACCAUUGGACAAAACAAAUUGAACACUUUCGACAACCGUACAACUGAUGUUGAAUUGGGCGAAUGCUGGCAUGUGCUCAUGAUCAACGCUGACAACGACGAACAAGAACACCGCUUGGGAGAACAAAAGGAUGAUGACAGCGAUGAAGAUGAAGAAAUUGCUGUUUUGGUUCGUGAAGCUCCUGAUAACCAAAAGGAACUCAUGAUUGUCAUUGGACAAGAAGAUGAUCACGAUUACGUUGUUCGUUUGACACCCAAUGGAAAGAAAACUCCACGCGCCUUCAUCAACGGAAAGGAACAACAAGUUUCUGAGAAACACGCUACUGAAUUGUACACCAACGAUGAUAAUGACGAUCAACCCGCUGUUCGCAUCUUUGCUCUUCCCGGAAACGAAAUUCAAGUCGAUGUUCGUGAUGGUUCUCUUACCAUUGUUUAUGAUGGAUAUCGUGCACGUUUGUUCGCUGACUCUACUUAUCGCGGAGAUGUUCGUGGUUUGUGCGGAACAUACAACGGAGAAGGAGAAGAUGAUUAUUCUACUCCUGAAAACUGCGUUGUUCGCAAAGAUCGUCACUUCACUGCCUCAUGGGCUGUUACUGAUGAAGAUUCUUGCCAAGGACCCGCAAAAGCAUGGAAAUUGGAAGCUAAAAAAGCUGAAUGUUUGGAACGUGAAACCUUAACUGGAAACAUCAUCUCUGAACGCGAAGCAGGACGUAAAUAUUGGCGCCCAAGCAAAGUCGAUACUGAUGAUUCUGACUCCGACUCCGACUCUGAUUCCUCAUCAUCCUCCUCUUCUUCUUCUUCUUCUUCAUCCUCAAGCUCUGAAUCUGACUCUGACUCCGAUUCGGAUUCCGACUCCGACUCUUCAAGCUCUUCCGAAGAAGACAAAGAAAAAGAUCAAAAGAGAAGCAGCAAAUCUGAAUCUCGUCGUGGACAAGCCUUGAAAUCUGAACGCACCGCCCAAUGGGAAGGAAAAGAACAACGUUCUGGCAAAUGCGGAAUUGAACAUCAAAUCUUGUACAAACACAAGGCUGAUCAAAUCUGCUUUACCAAACGCGCUCUCCCAACAUGCGCCGGCGAAUGCGAACCCGCACGCGAAGCAAUGGAAAAGAUCCAAUACGUCGAAGUUCAUUGCCGUCAUGAAAGCGAUCAAGAAGCCAAUGUUUGGAAGAAGAUGAUCAAGCGUGGCGAAACCCCCGACAUGGCUGAUAUGUCUGCUACUGAAACAACCAAAUUCUCCAUUCCUACUGAAUGCUCCAAAUCCGCUUAAAAAAGUGUGCAUCUUUUUACCGUAGUUUCCCAAAAUGUAGUAACUUAUUGAUAGAGUAGUACAGAAAGAAAAAAAUGAUGUAAAAAAAAUUAUAAAAUAUUAAAUAAAAUUCGUCU